GCCGCCGAUGGAUGCUGCGCGGUCGCGCUGCCAUUUGCAGCCGCCGCGGCUCGCAGCGCGCCCCGCGGCCCCGGGAGCUGCGGUCCCCCGGCCACCGCCGCCCCCCAGCGCCUGCAGCCGCCGGCCGGCCCUCCCCUGCCCCCGCCUCCUCCUCCUCCUUCUCGGCCCCAGUGCCCCGACGCAAUGAACCCCCCCGCUGCAGCCGGCGGAGAGGACACGGGGGCGACGGGUGGCGGCGGCUGCCGGGGGGCCGAGGGCGGCGGGGAGGCGGCGGGUGCCGCCGGGGUCCCGGAGGAGCCGGGGCUGUCCGCGGCGGAGGAGUCGCUGGAGGAGAAGCUGCGGAGCCUCACCUUCAGGAAGCAGGUGUCCUACAGGAAAGCAAUCUCCAGGUCAGGCCUCCAGCACUUGGCUCCUGUGCAUUCCCUCAACAUUGCAGUCUCCAAUGGACCAGUGAAGGAACCAAGAGCCGCCUUAGAGUGGACUGAAAAUGCUGUGAAUGGAGAGCAUCUGUGGCUAGAGACAAAUGUUUCUGGGGACCUCUGCUACCUGGGGGAGGAAAGCUGCCAAGUCAAAUUCUCAAAAUCCGCUCUGCGGAGGAAGUGUGCUGCCUGCAAGAUUGUGGUCCACAAUGCCUGCAUGGAGCAGUUAGAGAAGAUUAAUUUUCGCUGCAAACCGACUUUCCGAGAAGGAGGAUCCAGAUCUCCAAGAGAAAACUUUGUCAGACAUCACUGGGUGCACAGGCGGAGGCAGGAGGGGAAAUGCAAGCAGUGUGGAAAGGGCUUUCAGCAGAAGUUUUCCUUCCAUAGUAAAGAGAUAGUGGCCAUCAGUUGUUCCUGGUGCAAGCUGGCGUUUCAUAACAAAGUCACCUGUUUCAUGCUGCAUCACAUUGAGGAGCCGUGUUCCCUGGGGGCUCAUGCUGCUGUCAUUGUGCCUCCCACUUGGAUCAUUAAGGUGAAGAAACCUCAGGUGGUCUCCAUACCAGGAGACGAGCCUGAUUGGGCAGGAGACUGGAGCCCCGAAGGGGAAACGGGCGUCUCCUACCCCUAUUGGGAGGGUUGGCAGAACUCCUUAAAGACUUCAACACGGCGAAAGAAGAGAACGUCUUUUAAAAGAAAAGCCAGCAAAAGAGGCAAUGAAGAGAACAAAGGCCGGCCGUUUGUGAUAAAGCCUAUCUCUUCUCCACUCAUGAAGCCACUGCUGGUUUUUGUCAAUCCAAAAAGUGGAGGGAAUCAGGGUACCAAGGUUCUCCAAAUGUUUAUGUGGUAUUUGAAUCCACGCCAGGUCUUUGAUCUCUCUCAGGAAGGGCCAAGAGAUGCGCUGGAGCUGUACAGAAAAGUGCCAAAUCUGAGGAUCCUGGCCUGUGGCGGGGAUGGGACGGUGGGCUGGAUCCUCUCCAUCCUUGAUGAGCUGCAACUCAGCCCCCCGCCUCCAGUGGCUGUCCUUCCGCUUGGCACUGGGAAUGACCUUGCCCGCACCCUCAACUGGGGUGGGGGUUACACAGAUGAGCCAGUGUCCAAGAUCCUCUGCCAUGUAGAAGAUGGGACCAUUGUCCAGCUGGACCGCUGGAAUCUGCAGGUUGAGCGCAACCCUGAUUUGCCCCAGGAUGAGCUGGAGGAUGGGGCACGUAAGCUUCCCCUCAAUGUCUUCAAUAAUUACUUCAGCCUUGGAUUUGAUGCACAUGUUACGCUGGAGUUCCAUGAAUCUAGAGAAGCAAAUCCAGAGAAAUUCAACAGCCGCUUUAGAAAUAAAAUGUUUUAUGCAGGGGCAGCCUUUACAGACUUUCUGCAAAGAAGCUCAAGAGAUUUAUCCAAGCAUGUUAAAGUUGUGUGUGAUGGUACAGACCUGACUCCAAAGAUCCAGGAGCUGAAGUUCCAGUGUAUAGUGUUUUUAAACAUACCCAGGUAUUGUGCUGGCACAAUGCCCUGGGGAAACCCUGGAGAUCACAGAGACUUUGAGCCCCAGCGCCACGACGAUGGCUACAUUGAGGUCAUUGGGUUCACCAUGGCCUCUCUGGCUGCUCUCCAGGUGGGUGGUCAUGGAGAGAGGUUGCACCAGUGCCGUGAGGUGACACUUUUAACGUACAAGUCUAUCCCCAUGCAAGUGGAUGGAGAACCGUGUCGAUUGGCCCCCUCACUCAUUCGGAUCUCCUUAAGGAACCAAGCCAACAUGGUGCAGAAGAGCAAGAGGAGAACAUCUAUGCCUUUGCUGAAUGAUAUCCAUAAAGUGCAGUCUGCUGACCUGAGGAGAGUCUCGGCUCCCCCUGAUUCCUUCACUGUUCCUCAUUCCAUCCCAGAUCGCCUGCGGAUCAGAGUGAACAGGAUUAAUUUACAAGAAUACGAGGGGCUACAUUACGACAAGGAAAAACUCCGGGAAGCUUCCAUUCCCCUAGGAAUUAUAGUUGUGCGAGGAGACUGCGACUUGGAGACUUGUCGUAUGUACAUUGACCGCCUACAAGAGGACCUACAGUCAGUACCUUCUACUACACAGAGAGUUCAUUACCAGGACCAGGAAAGCUCUUUCCCCAGAGUACUUUCUGUCCAGAGGCUCUCUCCUAGAUGGUGCUUCCUAGACGCAACUUCUGCUGAUCGUUUUUACCGCAUUGACAGAUCUCAGGAACAUUUGCACUUUGUGACAGAAAUUUCGCAGGACGAGAUUUUUAUUCUGGACCCAGAGGUGGUAAUGUCACAGCAGGUGGGGACGCCACCAGGAAUGCCUGAUCUGGUAGUGGAGCAGGCCUCUGGAAUAUCAGAUCGGUGGAACCCUGCUGUGCGAAAGAGGAUGCUGAGCGACAGUGGCCUCGGCAAGAUCUCCCCCCACUACGAGGUACCUGACAAACAAAAGGACGCCAGCCAGACACAUAUGCUGCAGUCACCAGUUUCUUCAGAAGAUCAAGCACUUUUACAGGCAGUCAUAUCUGGUGAUCUACUGAAGUUCAUAGAAUGCUGUAAAAAAGGAGCCAAUUUGUUAAUCCAAGGACCUGAUCACUGCUCCUUGUUGCACCAUGCUGCCAAGACUGGGAACGGCGAGAUUGUGAAAUACAUCCUGGAACACGGUCCAUCUGAAUUACUGGACAUGACAGACAGUGAAACGGGUGAGACAGCAUUACAUAAGGCAGCCUGCCAGCGCCACCGCGCCGUCUGCCAGCUCCUGGUGGAUGCGGGAGCCUCUCUGAGAAAGACAGACUCCAAGGGUAAGACCCCUCGUGACAGGGCUCAGCAAGCUGGUGAUCCGGAUCUGGCUUCCUACCUGGAGAGUCGACAAAACUACCAAAUGGUUACCCACGAAGAUCUAGAGACAGCAGUCUGAUGUCUGAAAAUGUCGAAGAGGAUCCUUGGAAGUCUUGAGACUUCACCUGAGUCGCUCAGGCGUCAUGUGAGAAAGAAGCUGAUGGAAUCAACGUGUCUCUCACUCUAGUGGAAAAUACCUGAGGACAUGCCACCAGUUUCUAAGGGCUACUGAGUCUUGCCACGGAAUGGUUAGGUUCCAUAAGUUAGCCCAUGAUAGAUGAGGUGGGACACUCAAAGGUCUGUGGAAUCCAUGGGCCGUGGAAAUUUACCGUUAUUGCUUCCAGCAAGUAGCAUGAACUUCUCCCAUGUUCAUCUGUACAAUUUAUUUAAAAAAAAAAGGAAGAAAAAAAAAGGAAAGACUUAAGAGGGUGUGGGGCAACAAAACUCCAAACUAACUGGGACAUUAAAGCACCCAAUGAGGCCCUCCUCCAUCUUUACAAUUUCCUGCAUUCCUUUUAUUCUCCUGUUCCCCUCACUUCUCAUCAGUUAAAUAGUACCUGUUAUCUCUGUGUUUUCUUCACAAAUGGUCAGGCAGUAGCAAAAUAUUUGAGGAGCUCUGGAUGCCCUUAGGAAAAGUCCAGUGUUUUUACCAGCUACACUCCCUCCCUUGCCAUCCUCUCAAAAGCUGCAUCCUCAGUACCCCAUCGCCAUGGAGUUUCCUCGCUUUAGGAGAGGAUGCUGCCUGUUGCCUUGUUUCCCAGGGUUUGGGGCACAAUUAGAUUUACAGCAGUGACAAAACCUAACCUCGUUGUUGCUGGGUAUGUGGCUAUGGUAGCCUCAUGAUACAGUAAUUUGUAUGGAAAGGAGUUAUAUGGGAUAUACCAUGUCGAAUGGCAGAGCAGAAAGUUACCAGUAAGGUUUCUCAUAUUACUUUUGUGUGUGUGUAAUGACCGAUCCAGUUCUGCUUAGGUUUCAGGCCUUCCUAAAAGCUGAUAGUGGUUCUUUACUCUUGAAAACAUGGGUUUUACACUGGAGAUAGAUUUGUGCAAUACUGAGGGAGUUCUGAUGGACUGAUAUAUGGACCUAGUGCCCUUUGCAUUACAGCCAGAGAUAGGAAGGAGGCCUAGAACAUCAGUUAUCAGCCUUGCUGCUGCCAACAAACAAAUGGGCACUGGUCCAGUUGCAUGUGGAAUAGAAAAACCUUCUUUGAUGGAACCUGUAAACUCUCUGAUUCUUCAAGGGAACAAAGUUUCAGGGAGUCUGUCCCACUGGAGAAGGACAAACAGCAGCUCCUUGCCUCAUUACCCACUAUAGGCUCGAAAAUGUAAAGCUUAGCCACUGUAAAGGCCCGCUAUGUCUUCACUACUCGUCUGUUCUCUGUCUUAUAACCAUAAAAGAAGAGAAAGCAAACACACAUACACACAAGCAUAAACAAAAUGUUCCACCUUUGGGUUUCCAAUUGCUGCAGAUAUCUCAGCUGCCAGAAAUAACAGAGCUUCCACUUCUACUUUGUCUGACCAGUUCCCAUGAAGACAUUCAUGACUGAGUUUUGGCAUAAUUCUUGUAAUACAUUUCUGAGUUUUGCUUUGUUGUUUGUUUUGAAGGAUCCACCAGUGUUUGCUUUCAUAUGCCUUGCUAGGUGUAGCUCUCUGGUAGAUGAUGAUCAUCAGGAUUACAUACAUUUGGAAACCAUGAAAAUAACUCAGGUCAUUAUCCAGAUAAGUUUUUCUUCCUUACUAGAGGUGGAGGAAAUUAAAUGUAUUUAUUUUCUUUUUAUUUUCUUUUUUUUUUUUUCAAAAAGUGAUUGUUAUGGGAGAGAGGGAGGAGCUGAAAAAUAUACUUUUAAUUUUUUUUCUGUUUUCAAAGGUUCAUUUGAUAUGAGCAAAAUAUUUCCGUAGUAUUUCUUCCUCUGGAAGGAAACUAUAUAUAUAUUUGUAAUCUAUAGGUCAAUGGUGACAUGAAAUGUAUUUUGUCUUAUUUUCUGUCUUUCUCGUUUAAAAAAUAAAAUAUGAAAGCCAAAUUCCUUCUCUUGGUAGUCAUCCAGGGGCUUGUGGAGAAGGUCAGUAUGUGUACAUAUUAGAACAGAAUUUGGCAACUGUUAAAAUAAAAAAUCGGAAUAUAAUUUUGGUGUGGUAUGUGAAAUUUCCACAAGGAACAUUCUCACGCUGUGGUUUCAUAGUAGGCCUUGCAUCAUUUCCCAGCAGUGAGAAAAGAUAUUACUGUAAUAUUUAUAUAUAUUGGAUGAUAAUAAGAAUUAUGUUUCUAUCAAUUUUACCUUUUUGCUUUGUUUUACUGAUGUGAGAAACAGAGGAAGCUUCAAUGGCACCAGGAACUUAGCUCUGUCCUGUGCUGGGGCCAGUCUGGUGCCUGAGCAGAGUGUGGUCACUGAGCCUGUGACAGCUCCCUGGUCCCUUAGUCCCAUAAAACAGGUGGAGCAGUAAAGGCUUGCUUUAAUCACAGGUACCUUCCAGAGGCCACAUGUGAAUUAUGAUAAGGGAGCUGGGUCUGGUCCCUCUCUGUCCCCAGUGGUCCUCCCCUUGUCAGGCUAUCCCUAGUGCCUGAGAGGUGGUUGCAGCCGUGGCUGGCUCUGGAGCAGCUUGUCAGGAUGUGCAGAUUUCCUGAGCAAUUUUGUGCCAUUUGGGCUGCUCGGAGGAACUCAGAGCACACGAGAGACCAUGGCUUGCCUUUUUCCCUGGAAGCUGGAGUAUGAUGAUAUGAUCAGAGUGAGCCCAUUGUGCCUCUGGAAAGCUGCCCAUGCUGUGUGCUCAGCUGAAGACAGUUACUUGUAUGAUAAAAGCACUGGAUAAUGAUAAAAGCACUCCCAGCACUGGAGUUAGGACAGGAACUGGCUGUAUGUAGUGCCUUUAGUAUUCAAGCUGUCCCAAAACGCUGCACACAUAAUGCACGAGAUACUUGUGAUGUGUUGUAUUUGUAGGUAAUAGAACAUAUAUAUUGUUUUCUACAAUGGCAAGGAAUAUCAGAAGUUGGUUCACUGAGGGCAGUUUGGGACCAGGAUGCUACAGGAUUAUUCCUUACCAUUUUUGAAGUGUGAUGGGAUUCUCAGUUUUGGACAGCCACCAGAAGCAGGCAGACUCUGUAGCAAUCAGUGGUGACCUAUGUAUUGAAUCUCUGGAGCACUUGGGCUCUAGAUUUAUCCAGUGUAGUUGUGCCUGCACUGUGCAGGGCCUAAAUUUCAAUGUGCAGCUGGGAAUCCACUUAAAUUACAUGUAAAGCAUUUUGAUUACUAAAAGUGUCUAUUCAGUGGCCGUGUCUAUUAGUGUGUGUAUAUUACUAUAUAUAUGUAGAUUUAUAAACAUUAGUAUACAUAUAUAUAGAUGCACACACACAUAUACACACACACUUAAAAUUGUGCCAUUUGAAUGACAAAGUACCUAGGGAUGCUCAGCUACUGAUAUUGCUGGACUGACAAAAUGUGAUUUUCCAUUUUAAUUUGUUAUUAAGGGGAACUUUUUUUAGUAGAGCUAAGGAGCUCCUGAAUUGUUCCAUUGUACUGGUUUUACUAUCUCAUUUUGGAGUUGAAUGGAGGGAAAGAAAAUAUUUAUAAUGUUGAUAAAAUAAACUUACUUUUGUAAUUUAAUAACAUCAGUUACUCUUAUUAUUUCAUGUUUUAAUGCUAGAGAUAUCUUCUAUGUGUUAUCCAAGGCAUGAUGAUGUCAUAUAUUUUUCACUAAUUAUAGCAUAGAAUCAUAGAAUGGCUUGGAUUGGAAGGAAAGAUCAUCCAGUUCCACCCUCCUGACAUGGGCACCUUCCACUAAAACAGGUUGCCGAGAGCUCCAUCCAGCCUGGCCUUGGACACUUCCAGGGGUGGAGCAUCCACAACUUUUCUGGGCAUCCCUCAAUACUGUGAGGUGUGAGGUUGAGUUUUACUCAUGUAAAACAGGGGUUCAAGACAAAUUUUAUCUGUUACAAAACAGGCCUCAGACUCCAGUGACUCUUUCACCAUUUCACAUGAUGGCUUGCUUGUCUGUGUUUUAGCACUUCAAGAUGUCUGUAGGUGUUUUUACUGAUACCUGUCACUCUUGCUUUUCCCCAGCAGCAGUAGAAUUUCUCAGUCUCAACUUCUGGUGCUAUAGCCUGGAUUCAGACUACAUGAGAUAUCCCCUGCUACAUGAGGACUGUCAUGCAGAAGAAUCAUAGACAAAGAAAAUAGUACAAAAUUGAUGGGGUUUUUUUGCCACUGAUCUUCCCAGCUGUAUUUGCCAAGCUGGUGCUGCUGUGUAAGAAUAGAUGGGGCCCAUGAUUUUUCUGGUGAUGUGGCUGUGGGAGGUUUGUUUCAGUAGUAUUUAAUGGCCUCUUUGGCUCAUUUUUUAAUUUGUCUUUUCUGUGACAGUGAUGUGCACGGUAGUGAAAGUUUCUAACACAAAACUUUAUCUAGAAGUGGCUAUUUUUCUUUCAGCCAUCCCAGAUACCUCCUGUGGGGUAUGCUCAUGUGUUGACCCUUCCAGAACGACAAAAGCACGUUGAGAUGAUCUGACUCUGGACUAUAAAUUGGGCAACAUACAUUGGCAGUCUUAAGAUUUCUGGGAGGUUACUGGUACUUAAGAAAUGUAUGGACAUGCUGGAUAUUCAGGUGCUUUGAAAGUACUUCAAGGAAAUUCUGUUCUUGCACUUCAUGUACUCCAAGAAAGAAGCAGUUUCUUUUGCUGAUCCAUUUGAGGUCUGUCAUUUUCCUUCCCCCACUUUUUGCUUCUUGUACACCAGACUGACAUCCAUGGAGAAGUGUUUCAUAAUACUUGUUUUAAGCUUGCUAAAAGUAACAUUUUGAUCUCCAUUUUGUCUAUUCUUUUCCAUUCAUCAGACAUUGUUUCCUCUAUUUUCCUCACUGAAUCUGAGCUAAAGUGACAUUGGGUUAUUAGCUUCCUAAUUAAUCUAAAGCAUAAAAUGUGAAUAUCUUCAGUCAUUUCAGUAGUCCUAGAAACAGCUUAUAUUCCUGUGCCUUUCUGUAUGCAUGUGAAGCUAUAGGACACAGUAUUACAGUGUUUACUGUGGUACUCCUCAUUUUGCUUUCUUAACAACUAUUUUACUUAGUAGUGGAUUGCUACAGCAUUAAAUUCCAUGAUCUGCCUGCCAAAAUCUGUUGAUUGCAAUGGCAACUCAGUAAUGUGCUAAAGUUUACUUGCUAGCAUACUGAUGAAGACCAGAAUUGUAUGUGGAGGAUGUGUCUUGAGCUUCAAUAUGUUAACUUCUUUUGUAAGGGCAGAAAGCAGCUCAUGGCUGCACUGUGGAAACGCCUCAAGGGGAGCUAUAACUCAACCCUGCAUCCAGCUGUUGAGGUGAGCAGAAUACAUAGAGGAGUUGGGAUGUCUCAGCAUUUGCUAGGGAGUUACCACUAGAGACAGACUGCAGCACCCCAGCACUUGGCUUGGACUGCCCAAAACCAAGUACUUGGGCAGUUUCUCGCUUCUGUGUAAAAGCUGGCUUGAGAGGAGUGAAUUACCCAGUGUUCAAAGCUAACCAUGUCUACUUGCAACCCAAGUUAUGCCAUGGCACCACCCUUCUCUGGACUGCCUACCUGAGAUCCUCUGCAGGUACCAGAGCUCAGGGGCUUUCCCUCCCCAUUGUGUGUCCAGUUCCACUGCCCAUGAUGGUGCCCACAGAAAGUGGUAUUUUCUUGUCCCCUGUUCAUGUCCUCUGGAGAAACACCCCCUACCUCAGCCAAGGAAUUUCCUGGCCCACGUAUGGUGCCAUUUGUGCAAAAGGGGAAAAUUCCCUCCCUCGGGCCUUGAUCACACCAGUAAAUUCAUUUCAUUUGACUUCAGUGAUUAGGCAGGCUUAGAGCUGAAUAACCUUACUGUAUUCAGCCAUCAGAGUGCAUCUUGUCCCCUGCCUUAUUUAUAAGGUGCCACAUUCCAGUCUCAGCUGCAGUUUCUUGUUUCUCAGACUUUUUUUUUUCUUUAAAAACCCCAAGACAAUCUAUCCUAUGCAGUACACAUGUAUCUAGUUACCCAGAGAGUGGGGAAGACAGGCAGCUCAUUUUAAAACCCUCUCAUUCUGAUGUAGCACAUGAUGACUUCUAAAGUCUAAGGAGGGGGAUGACUUGAAAAAAAAUCAUGUGUUUCAACAUUCACACAUCUGUAUUUCAGGAAAUAAUUUGAUGCUAAGCCCUUUAAAAACAGUCAGCUUAUGUUCUUAGAUCCCCUACAUGUCAGAGAUUUGGGGAAUCUAAGAAGGCAGUGAUUCUCUUGACAGGCACAUACAAUUAGUUGAACACCCGAGGAAGCAAAAGUCUUGCUUUGUUCAAAAAUUUGUUUCUGUUUUGUGACCUUCAUCCACUAGAAUGAGAACUCUGACUUAGGAACCCUAUUUUAGAGUUUACCAAUAUGUUAACAGCUCCAGCACUCAUAUACAAAAUAUGUAGAGGCUGUAGCCUUUUGACAUGCAAGAAAUAAAGCACUACUUCUUUCAGCAAUGUAAUACUACAUAUGUAAUUGCUUCGUCUCGAGCCAGCCUCCUUUUGCUGGUGAAGUGUAACACCUGGCUCUUCAAUUAGUCCCUGUCUGGGAGGCUGCUUGAUGUGUAACCUACCACUCAGCACUGUGGCAAUCCAGUGCUCUGUUAUGACAAGUGCUGCAGCAAUUAGCUAACUACUAAUGCAUAAACCACAGUAGCAAUUCAUUUCUUAGUAUUACACUUUAUUUUAAUGAGAAAAUGGCCUUCUGAUUCCAACUACCUUAAUGACCUUCAGUUGCCACUUUUUCCUCAGCCUGUGAUCAAGCAGAGGGAGAAAGUAAUCUCUGUUCCUACACAGGAAUCCAAAUCUUGUCUAGGAAUGGUACAAACCGGUUAGGUUUGUAGGUUUGGAGAAGAAAUUCGAGAAGCUCUUGAACCUGAUGCAGCAGACGUGAGUGAUUUCUUCUUGGCUAAUUAGGCUUUAAUAAGUAGUCCCAGUUUUCUAGGGCUGUUUUUGCUGUGUGACAUUCACAUAAAAAAUAAAAGAUGGUAAAAUUAGAAAAGCAAAAGCAAAGUGAAGGUGGUCCCUGGGAAUGGGAACCCUACAGAAUGGUUUCCACAUUCGUUGCCAUUUUCCAGAUAGGGAAUUGCAAUGCUGCCUAUUGAAUAUCACUGUAAUGAGUAAUUAUGUACCAUAAUUAGAUGUAUCUACUUGUAAAAAUGAGGUGGGUGCAUUUCUUCUCUGAGCUCAUUGCAUCCAAUAUUUAUGUCACCCAGGUGUGGAGGUGUCCUGUUUUUGCCCCAUAGAGAUCACCACACAGUCUGGUGGGGAACACCCUCGUAUUUGCAAAUCUUGAGGCUGCAUGAAGCGAGACAUGAGUCCUAAGGGGUACAAUGACACCUCUCCCUGCUCCUUAGCCAUACUGGAGGUUUUCCUUCCAAAUGAGUGGAAGAAACACCACAUCAAAAUAAAACGAUUGCUGUAGGCUACAAAGUGAAUAGCUGUUUUUCCUAUCUGGUCCCCCACUUCAGCACUUUUCCAGGACUAGUUUUUUUUUUAUUUCAUCAGAAAGGGAAAACUGUUGAUGUGCCUGUUUUAAUAGGAGAUGGGUGCAGUUGCAGUUGUUUUGUCCUGUGGUAUUGCUUCUGUUGUAAUACUGUCCUUAUCCCCAUGGCAUAUGGGAGGAGUACAGUUGUGUCAAAGCUAAGAAAACAAGUGAUCUUGCUGGCAGCUAAUGGCAGGAAAGAAAUAGAACAUAAUAUUUUUUAAAUUUGAUUUUAGAUAAUUUUCAAUGCUCUUUGCUUUUCCUUCCCCUCCUUUUUUUUCUUCUCUCUCUCUGUUCUUCAUAGAGUUUCUGUAUUGAAGUCUUUAAUCUUUCGUCACCUCUUCUUUCCUUAGCUCAUGCUACCUUCAUUUUUUGACCGGAAAGGUCAAAAUCUUACUCUUGUGCUAAUUACCCUUGGGACACUUCUGCUUGACCAGUCACAGAUGGUUGAAUCUCCUCUGACCAUGUCCAGACAUGGGUAUGGAAUGUUGAAAUUCUCUGUACUAGGAAUGAGUUGGAUGUGCAGUACUAAAGGCUCCUCUGAGGGCAGUUGUAAUGCCUGAGUUGUAAUCUCAGGAUUAAGCAGAUGGGAAGUAUGAUGGACUUGGGUUUUUCAUACCUGAGGGGUUGAUUUCAACAUUUCCAGACUUAUCAAUAGAAAAAUUCUUUUGUAUAAUUUUUUUUUUUUUUUUGCUACUCUCAUGGUUCUUCCUUUGUGAUUUUCCUGUCAAGAAAUCUUUUCCCAGGCAGAUUUUAUUGCGUUGCUCCGUGAUGUGCUCACAAGAAGUGUCAGCUGUUUCUGAGUGGUAAGUGAGUGUGCUGGUCUCUCAUGCAAAAUUGCUGGCCCUGCUAGUGUACAGUUUUCUGCUCAGCACAUAUCUCAGAAAAAUCACAGGGAGGUGGCAGAGGCUUAUCAGUUUUUUUGUUCCAUUUACAUGUCACUGCAGAGUGAUUCUCCUCCAUCUGCUUCCUUUGAUCGCUCAACAGCUUUGGGAGAAAAGUGGCUGAGCCUUCAAAGCACUAAGCAGCUCUUGGGAGCUUUGUUUCUCCCUAGCUUGCUGCUGCACCUCACAGAGCUGGGAAAGGGAAAGCGGGGAAUGCCUUAUGUGCAGAAAGAUCACCUUACUGGCAAAAGUAACAACUCUCAGAAGGCUACCUAUUCCAGACACCCCACCAUGUGCCAGGCAGAGUGUAAAAUACCUAUGGACAUCAAUAAGCUUGUAGGAGCUGACUUCAUUUGAAGAGCUCUUCCAAGCUCUUUUUGAUUCUCUUUCUCCUGCACCAGGACAGGGAUUCCUGCCUGUUUCCUUCCAGAGCAGUUGUCCUGAGGCUGUCCUUUGUAAUGGCUGCCCAUCUAGCUGCCCUCACACCAUGCGUUACAUGUGCCCUAUCUCCUGUAACUCUAUUGGAAAACAAAACAACCAAGAGUUAAAAUCCCUUUCCAAAUGGACUUGAGAGCUGCCAGCCUUGGCCACUGACCCAUCAGGGUGCUGUGCACUGGGGAGGGGAACAUGGAAUAUGACUGCCAACAUUUCUCUGUAGAAAUUUCCUCAAGGUGAAAUGUGCUUUCACAGUGGGAAAUGAAGGUUAUUUUUCUUCUGCCCAUAUUGUUUUGUGUUAUAAACCCUGUGCCAGUCAUUUCAGAUGCAGCCAGCUUUUUGGAAGCAGGAGGAUUUUGAAAGAUUUUUGAAAGUCUGGCCAGUGCUGUAGCUGAGGACUUGUGUUCUGCAGCUCCCACACAAACCUUCUGGUGGUCCAUGGAGGUUUCACUGUCCUCUCUGACUCAGUGAACAGAAUAUUUUGCUACAAACUACAGGCCUGCCUUUGUGCCACUGCUGUUGCUACUUUGCUUCUGCACAGCUUUUAGAACAGCUAUGGCUUUGCAGCCUUGCACUAGGAAAAAACAAGAUGUCUUGUGGGAAAACAUGAUUCUCCUAUGGACACAAACACUCAUCAAGUUGCAGGUGUGUGGUAAUAAAAAUUCAAUGUACAUAAAUACUGAGCUUGGUUUAUGAGACUGUCACGGCUAGCUCAGUGGAGAUUUAUAUCAAGCAAGAACUGACCUGUUGUUUUACUGCAAAACAUAAAGGUUAUGCAAAAAAAGUCACUUGAUUUAAUGAUAUAUUUCUGUCUUAUGAUAGUUUACAAGUCUAACUGUGUGCCACAUGGUUGUAUCAUGGAAUAGGGAAAGUACUUGCUGUGUGUUAUAAUUUAUCAUCAUGUUUCUCUGGACGUAUUGUGGUCAAAGAGAUAGACCAGGAGGUAGUAAAUCAAGGGUUUGAGAUUUUAUUCCUGCCACUUUCAUUGAGUCAUUUUGGGUAAGUUAUUUAACCUUAUUGUGCCUUGGUUUUCUUAUCCGUAAAAUGGGGAUAAGAUCACCUCCCAGUACACAGACAGGUAAUGUGUUUCAUGUUAUGAGCCAAAAUCUGCUGUAUAUUAACUAUUUUUGAGUUGUUUUUUUUUUUUUGUUAUGCCUUGUAAUGUUGCUCACACAUAGUAUCCUGCUUCUUUUGGAGCCAUUUUUUGAGAGACAGUGAGAACAGCCCUGUUCUAUGCUUUUUAGUUUAGGUGGCUUAAAUUGAGAUAGUAAAGAGUGCUUGAGGAUCACAAUUUUCUAAUGAACUAGUUUGCACUUCUCAUGCUUGAUUUCUGUGUUUGAGCUUUCUUGUAUUAAAAAUUUUAACUCAGGUGAUAUUUCAAGUCAAUUAAAGCAUUCAGGUGGUUGCUUUGGCUUCAGGGGAGCAUGUUUCUGAAUUUUAGAGCAAUUUUAUUAUCGUAAUGAGUUCAUUGAGCAUAGAAUGUUUCAUUUGGAAGUGUCCAUCUCAAAAAUGCCACCUCCCUCCUAUCAUGUUGGUAUUACAGAAUAUUGUUUAAGAGUCCAGAAGUCACCACUUCAGUUCGUUGGUGCAAAAGGUUUCUGGGGAAUGAAGAGAUUCUCUGACCUUCACACUUCUGGUCACUGGACAAAUGGGAGAUUAAAAUUGAUAAAGAACAAGGCCAACGGUUAGGAAAGAGUUAGGGAAUUGGAGGUGUCUUCUGGAAAAAAAAAAAGAAGGCUAAGAAGGAGUCAUCGUUAUGUGGGAUGGUGAUGAACAGACUUGUGAUAGAAAGACUGAGUUUCCAUCGAGCUACAUAGUGCUGCUUCCUGGAGAUGAUAGAGAAAGGACAAUGGACAGAUUCUGAUCUCCUCUGCACUGAAUUCACUCCAGGUGACCCAAGAUGUGACUGAGGUCAGAAUCUGGACCACUCCGUAAUGUGUUUGGCCCUCUAAAUAGAGCAGUAAAGUCAAAUAACAAAUGUGCAUUUUUAACCAACAUUUCAUGGGCAUCCAGAGUUCUAGUAUUUGUAUAUAUCCUAUUAUCUGAUUCCACAUCUGUUCCAGGGGUUGUAAUAACAUCUCAAAGGGCUCUUUUAUGCUACCUGACCCCAUGCAUAAUGCUCUGGAGCUGUGCACCUUGAGGCUGCCAGCUGGCAAAAGGAAUCAGAGGCGUGCAGCAGUACCCAUGAACUGAGGAUAUAUGUUUAACAGAGAAUCAGAGUACAGAUAAUAAUUAGUGAAUAUGGGAUGGAGGAGAGGGGUUUUUGUAACAAAGUAAGAAAGUAUUUUUUUCCAUGAUUUUCUUGCAUUUCCUAUUUAUACAAAGUAUCUUGAUCACUGUGUUGCUAAGUAAGGAGAUUUUAAACUGGGGGAAGGAAGAAAUACGUAUACAGUGAAAGAGCUGGUUACUGUUCCUUUUGGACGCUUUUUCUGUAUUGUGACUUGUGUGGAAAUGUACAGAAUAAAAGUGAAGAAGCGCA